AUGGAUGCAAUUAUUUUGGGUUUAAUUAUUGGAACAAUCGCAUUAUUAUCAUCAAUUGUUAUUUUUUUAGCUGUUUAUUUACAAAAAAACAAAAAAACCUUUAUUUGGAAAUCAUCAACAAAUACACAAGCAGUUAUUAGUUCGGCACCAAUUUCUAGACGAUCAUCUUCAUCAUGUUUAGUUAAUCUGGAAAAACAACAAUUAUCACGAUCUCGUUCAGCUUCAUUCGGUGAAGAUCUUGCUGCUCGUCUUCAAAUUUUAGCUGCUGGUAGUUGUUAUCGUUCUUAUGCUCCAGCAACAGUCAAUCCUUCAUCUCGUUCAGCUAGAUCAUCACUUGGUGCUAGUAUUCGUUUUCCAGUUUCAUCGAAUAUAACUCCAAUUAUUCCUUUAAAACCAAUUAUACCUUCAAUUACAUUUCAAUUACGAUAUGAUCAUACAAUAGAAACUUUAUCUAUAACUAUUUUUCAAUUAAAUAAUUAUUUACCAACUAAAAAUACUCAAAAUAUGUAUCUUAUUCUUUAUUUAUUACCAAAUGAUGAUGAACAACGUCAAACAAGAUCAUCAAUAAAUGGUAUAUUUAAUGAACAUUUUCAUUUUCCAUUAAAAUCUCAUGAUUUAUUAAAUCGAACAUUACGUCUAACAGCAUAUGAAGUUAAUUCAGUAACACGUAUACGUCGUAUAAUUGGACAUGUAUUUAUUAAAUUUGAUCAAUUUAUUGAUGAAAAUAAAAUUGAUAAAACGUUUUCAACAAAUACUUUAGUAGAAAAUCUUAAUCAAGACUCACGUAUUCGAUCAGACUAUCUUGGACAAGUAAUAUUAACAUCUUGUUAUUUAAAAGAUCAAAAUCUUAUUCAAAUACGAAUACAACGAAUCAAUCAUUUACAUAUGGAACAAUCAAAAUUUAAUACUCCAUUAAAAGCUCAUUUCAGUGGUCAAACAUCUAAUACUAGUAGUAAAUAUCAUUGGACAAAUACUUCAUCAUUUAUUAUUCCAUCAUCUUCAUCAUCAUUUCAUAUUGAUAAAGAAUUAAGAUUAAUUGCUUAUCCAUCAUUAAUUUCAACAAAUGACGGUUAUAUUGAGUGUCAUCUUAGACUUCAUUUACAUGGUUUUAAUCAAAUACAUAGUCAUGCUCGAUGGAAACAAUCACUUCGAUUUACUUUACCACAUACAUAUACUAUUUCACUUGUUGCUUUGUAA